GUUCCUCCAACAGCCUAAUGUUUGUUUUUUUGUUGCUUAAUUUUUGAAUUUCUUUUUAGGGGGAAGGGGGAUUUUUGGUUAAUUGACUUGAGGGUUUUGGUUGUUACUGAUUUAGUUCCUCCAAGAAACUAAUGUUUGAUUUUUUUUUGUUGCUAAUUCUUGAUAUUUUGGGAACAUUGAUAUCUUUGUAUUGUGGAUUUUGUUUGUUGAUGUCUGAUUUGUUUUAUUUUGGUUGCUUUGAGUUUUGUUGUUGUUUUUUUGAGAAAUGGGGGCUGUUCAUCUUGCAAACUAGUUUGCUAUUCAUGUUUUUUCUUCCCUCUUUCAUUUUUUGAGAAACGCUGCUUCUGGAAAGGCUUUUAUUUUUGAGGGUUAGUUUAAAUUUUUAGGCACCAAAGCUUGCUGAAGAUAAAACUUUUGGGAAAUGGGAAUCCUGCUUCUGUUAAUCCAUUUAUAUUAGAGUGGUUUCUAAUUAGUGGAAAUGACACUUUUUUUUUUGGAGAAUUGGGUUGAUUUAGUGGAAUACGUUGUUUUCUUUUUUUCCUCCUUUCUUCUUUGUUUUUGAUGUGUUUCUAGUGGUGAUUUUGUUCAUUGCCUUUAUUUGACCACUGUUAAAUUUCAAUGAAAUUGAUUUUCAGUGUUAUUGGUAACAUAGCUGACCUUAUCCUUGAUUUGUUAGAUUUGCUAUCUUCCCGGUGUCUAGAAUGCUUCAAGACUUGGUUAUGUUGCUGAAAUUGUCUCUCUUAUCAUUUUCUGGGUUUGCAUGUUUUGCUAGUUUCUUUAUUUGGAUGCUUUCUGUUUUGGUGUUAGUUCUUGUGUUAAUAAAACUUUUCCCGUUUUGGUGUUAGUUCUUGUGUUAAUAAAACUUAGUCCUUAUCUAUUUUCUAUUCUUUAAUUUUUCCUUUAUCGCAUGAUUAGCCUUCCCAAUAUUCAAUUAACUGUUGGGAUAUUUUGCCUAGUUUUUCAAAUGUGAGAUUUAUUUGAUCUUGCGUCGCAAGAUUCUCUUGUUGAGAUUCUUUCAUCUGUGCCUUAUAGUGUGAUAGUUCUCCUUCCUUUGUAUCUGGAAAACUUGUGAUGGUUUACCUAGGCUGUCUGUCUAAUUCCCAAUUGAAUCUUGUCACAUUUUCAUCUUGCUUGGAUUGGAAUUCAAUUGAGCUAUGGUGGAUGCAUUCCUUCAAGAAGGUUAAUUAGCAAAAAAAUGAAAUAUGCGUACACUAAUUAACUUCCAGGAAUCCCCUUUUUCUAAUUUCCUUAACAAGCUUUCGCCCAUCAAACCAGUUAAGUCCGCACACUUCCCUCAGACGCUCAAUACCCUUAGUUUUGCAUCUAUACCGUCCGUGUUCACCUCACCCCAUGUCAGGGAAUCUAGAUUUUUAAGAAGGCACCUGCUCUCAGAUCCAUCAAAACCAGAGUUUGCUUCUGAUGACAGUGUUAAAGAUGAUACCGCUGAAGGUAACUUAGAUGCUGUAAAUAACUCAAAUGAGUCCAAGGAAAGUUUUGGUUCUGAGAGUUCUGUGGUUGAAGCACUGGCUUCACCAUCCCAUGAAUGCUCAAAGCUUGCAGUUGAGCUUGCCAGAAGUCUAAAUUAUGAGUGCAGCAACGACAGUCCCAGUACUUUGCCUACUGGGGGCAUUAGAGGGAAGAGUUUGUCUGAGUUUGCAGGCAGUUCUGUGACAUAUGUCCCUUUGGUACAAGACAAGUCUGGAAAAGGUUUGCUUAGAUGUGAGGUGAAUAUGGAGGGGACAAAUGAAAAUGAUCCAAAUACAGAACCUUCAGAAUGUGAUUGGGAGAAUAUGAUUUGUGAUGCUACAGAUCUACUCAUCUUUGACUCACCUGGUAACCCUGAGGCUUUCACGAAAGCAACAGGUCCUAAUUUUAGGUCCUUUGGAUUUAUCUCAAAUGAAAUGCAGAAUAUGCAAGAUUUUAGUCAGGUUAGUACCAGUGAAUGUGGUGGAGAUGGAGGUGAAACAGAAAAGCCAUCUACUCAACCUGGGGAUGAAACUCAAGUCGAGGAACAUACCGAGAUCCAAAAUAUGAAACCUGAUUCAUCCCUAACCAAUGAUGGCAUGGGUGUGGGUCAAAGUGGAAAAACUGAAAAUGAGAUGGUCUCUACUCUAUACCGUGGAAUGAGAAGACGUUGUCUAGUUUUUGAGAUGGUGGGACCUCGAAGAAAGCAUUUAGAUGAGGGUUCUGGUUCUUCUGCUGUGCAAGAAACUGAUGGAAACCUUGCCUGCAAUGAGAAGCAUCUUGUACCGUCUAAAACUGUAAAUGAAUCUUCGCGAUGCAUUUUACCUGGAAUUGGCUUGCAUUUAAAUGCCCUUGCAGCAUCUUCAAAAGAUGGCAAAGUUGUCAAGCAUGAAGCUAACAAUGCUUCUGGGAAACAGCUUUUAAUUGCAUCCGGCUCAGCUGUCAGUCUUCAUCCUUUAGUUACUGGUCAAGAACCACUGAAUAAAUCUCUGCCUGAAACCCCUAGAGAAGGACAAAUUGUUCCUUUUGUUCCUUUAGAGAAUAGUGUACCUCUUAUGGAGGAUGUUUGCCAGGCACCUGGAUAUGUAAAUAAUGAAGAGCUUAAUCAGACUAGUCCAAAGAAAAAGAGGCGUCGAUUGGAACCUGGAGAAGGUGAAUCCUGCAAGCGCUGUAACUGUAAGAAAUCAAAAUGCUUGAAACUUUACUGUGAAUGUUUUGCUGCUGGGGUCUACUGUGUGGAGCCAUGUGCAUGUCAAGACUGCUUCAACAAGCCUAUUCAUGAAGAUACUGUCCUUGCAACUCGCAAACAGAUCGAAUCACGAAACCCUCUUGCUUUUGCUCCUAAAGUGAUUAGGAGCAACGACUCUCUUUCUGAAACAGGGGAUGAUUCCAGCAAGACUCCUGCCUCAGCUCGUCACAAGAGAGGAUGCAACUGCAAGAAAUCUGGCUGUCUGAAGAAAUAUUGUGAAUGCUAUCAGGGUGGGGUUGGAUGCUCCAUUAAUUGCAGAUGUGAAGGAUGCAAGAACGCAUUUGGCAGGAAGGAUGGUUCUAUUUUCAUAGGCACAGAUGGGGAUGCCGAGGAAGAGGAAACAGAUGCAUUUGAAAAGAGUGUUGUGGAUAGAACUUCUCAUAAAAACCUAGUACAGAGUGAUGUAGAGCAGAAUCCAGAUUCCGUUCCGCCUGCUACACCUUUAGCGUUUAGAAGACCACCAAUGCAGCUCCCAUUCUCAUUGAAGAACAAACCGCCUCGAUCAUCAUUUCUAUCCAUCGGAUCCUCAUCCGGUAUAUUUGCUGGCCAAGGGGUUGGAAGGCCAAAUUUCUUUCAACCUCAACCUAAGUUCGAGAAGCCAUUUGAGUCUAUUAAAGAAAAUGAAAUGCCUCAGAUACUCCAAGAGACUACCUCUCCAAUUAGUGGCAUUAAGACAUCUUCUCCCAACAGGAAGAGAGUUUCUCCUCCUCAUGCUCAUUGUGACUUUGCAAAUUCGCCCGGUCGACGAAGCAGCCGAAAGUUGAUACUGCAAUCCAUCCCUUCAUUUCCUUCCCUCACUCCCAAUCCUUGAAGAUCAUCAUCUAAACCAGUAGGUGAACUUGGAAGGAAAUUUUUUAAUAUCUUUAUUAUUGUAGUUAUUAGUUUUAGUUUAGUUCACCUCCAUGGACCUUUUGAGGCCGCCCUUGUUGCUUGUAUAAUAGCCUUGUUUCUUAAUAACCUUGUUUUGUCCUUAAUAAUGAAUUAAAAUCUGUUAGUGUA